UCGCGAGAGACUGGGCGGGAAAGCCCGCGGUGAUUUCCUAAGUGGAGUCGCUGAGGGGCGGCCGGCGCGUCACUGCCAUGGAUCCCUUCUUGGUGCUGCUGCACUCGCUGUCUAGCAGCCUGUCGAGCAGCGAUCUGAUGGAGCUAAAGUUCCUGUGCCGUGAGCGCGUGAGCAAACGAAAGCUGGAGCGUGUGCAGAGUGGCCUGGACCUGUUCUCAGUGCUGCUGGAGCAGAACGAUCUGGAGCGCACACGCACGGGGCUGCUGCGUGAGCUGCUGGCCUCGCUGCGCAGACACGACCUCCUGCAACGCCUGGACGACUUUGAAGCGGGGACGGCGGCCUCGGCCUCGCCGGGGGAGGCAGAUCUGCAGGUGGCCUUUGACAUCGUGUGUGACAAUGUGGGGAGAGAAUGGAAGAGACUGGCCCGCCAGCUGAAAGUGUCUGAGGUCAAAAUUGAUGGGAUUGAGGCGAAGUACCCCCGAAGCCUGAGUGAACAGGUAAGGGAGGCUCUGAGAGUCUGGAAGCUUGCCGAGAGGGAGACAGCCACGGUGGCUGGACUGGUAAAGGCGCUGCGGGCCUGCCGGCUGAACCUAGUGGCUGACCUGGUGGAAGAAACACUUCAGGCCCAGGGACCUGUGAAUGAGAGGGAGGACGUGUCCCCAGUGCUGUGGGACUCCACUGUGUCUUCCUCUGAAGCACCGUGACAAGCCUGCCGCUCCUGUCAGGAGUCACUGUGGACUUGACACACACUAUGAUACAUCACCAAGUGCCUUCUGUGCCCAGCGCCAAGAAGACCUUGUUGGUCCAGGCCGGAGCCCACUCACAAUCUUGUACCAGCUCCUGAAGUAAAGCUGUAUGUAUAGAACCUCUGCUUCCUGAGCUUUGGGGACACAUGGAGCCUCCCCUUCUGUUCUCCACUGCUGCUCCUUCCUCUGAGAGAAGUCCCUGGUCCUGCAAGGAGGAAGUUGGAGCUAAUGACACACAUGCUGAGAGCUUGAGAGCCUUCCUGCUGUUCUUUGGGGCAGGACACCAGCUCGGUUCAGAGCACUGGGCUGCCUCACAGUUGGCCAUGAGGACAUCUGUCCCAUAUCCUUGGAGGCCAUCAGAGAACAGCUCCUGAUCCCCAAACAAGUGUCACUUAACUUGCAGGAGCCUGGCACACUGCACCCUGGCACAUCAGCUCCUGCGAGAACUGAUUCUAAAGUUUACUACCUACCAAAAUUGCUGCCUCCGGGAGGGCUGUGGUGUAAAGGGUAGCUCCCCUGCUUCACUUGGUUUUGAAGCAAGUGCCUAGAUAUAGUGACUCACUCUGAAAUCCUAGCAUUUGAGAGAUGAGAAUUGCACUCCAUGGCAAUGUGAAUGAGGGCUUCUCACAAAAACAAAAGCAAGUGUCUUUACCUGGAAACACCCUUGUCACCCAGAAUUUCCACUCUGUUAAAGUCCCUUCUAAUCUCAGAAGUCCAGCAGGCUGACAGCAGUGUCUUUACAGCCCUAGGUGCUAAUUGUGAAUGGGUGGUGGGAUUUCCUGUCUGGUUUGCUUCACACCAACAGGGGGCUCUAUUUGCCACACUGGGUGGCCAACUAACCAUUGUCCCGACUUUCUAACCUUUGACUGGGCACACCUUUGAUCAUAGCACUCAGGGAGGCAGAGGCUGGUGGAUUUCUAAUCUGUGAGUUUGAAGACAGCCCGGUCUACAUAGCAAACUACAGCUGAGAGACACCACAUGGAAAGAUACUAUCUCAAAAGUUCAUGUCUGGAGUUGAUGCUCCUAGACCCAGGGUUUACCUGACAGAGUGAAGAGCUGCACCUCACCGUCCUAAACCUAGUGUUUGUGUCACAAGUGACCAGCCUGGGGCCUGUGCUUAAACAUUGACCAACCGUUUCUUGGCACUGAGGUUCUGUGCCCUCAUUUCCCCUUUUCUGCUCUCUUCAACCCCACUCCCCAUUAUUGUUGGUCCCUUCCUUAGACUGCACACUCCCCAGCCUCAAGCCUACUAAACUUUUCCCCAGCACCUAUCCCUAUGGCUGUGCUGCCUUGCGCAAACUCUUGGCACCAAGGCCUCUCCUGAUGACUCUGGGGACUCAUCCUGUUUUCUCUGACUCUAUGUCCCACCUGCCUGCAGCCACAACUCUCUUGACUCUCUAGAAUAUGCAUAGGCCUGUCCAAGGUCUCUGGUAGGUGUUUGCUGUGGUCCUCUCUAUCCCUCCCCCCCACCAUCAUUUUGAGGGCUUUUGGUUUGUUUUGAGAUAGGGCUUCCUGUAACCCAGAUAUAGCCUCAGGCUUAGAUUGGCCUCAAGCUCACCGAGUAACUGAAGUGGCCUUGAACUCCUUCCUGAUCACUCUGCCCCUGCUUCACAAGUGCCAUGAGUACCAGUGUGGCAGCCCUACUCAGGCCCAAGUCUUUAUACACUCCAGGCAGCCUGGGCAACCCUCCUGAGACUUGCUGAUGCCUUUUAAGUGUCCUGUGGCAAGUCAAAGGUUGAUGGACUUGGGUGUCACUUUUUUUUUUCCAAACAACUCAGGAGUACAAAAUUGCUCUCCAGAGAGCUCAGUUCGGAUGUGAGCAGGCCUGUGUCCUUCCAGAUUUAAGAGAAUGUUCCAUGGCUUUUAGAGCCCCCUCAUUGUGUCUCUUGCAGCAUUCCCCUCCCCUCUUCAAGUGACAGUUUAGUAUUGGGUCUUGGUUGCUGCUGCUACAGGGCUUGUGGGCCACCAGAGGAAUUUAUCCCUAUGUACAGAGUUCUUUGAGCCAUUUGGGGGGAUUAAAACAUGAGUAUCAUCAGGGUCAACACCCCACAAAUCUCCAUCUCCCCAGCUUGUGCCCAGUCUUGCCCUGGGCUCCUCUGCACCCCCCUGUUAAUGGCCAGUCAGAGCCAUGUACUCACAGGUGACUCUGUCCACCUGGCCUGCCCUUCAUUCCUCAGCUCCUACAGGACCUUGGCUCUUGCCCAUCCCCCACCAAGGGUUAGAACCACAGACCAGCCUGUUCCUAGAAGCCAGCCACCCUGCAUAUUUUUAGCUUCCUAUUUUUGAAUUCCACAAUCAUUUCUGAGUCAUCCAGCUGACUGCCUUCUGGUCACAAGGUCCCUGUGUGAACUAUGUUUCGAACCAGACAGUGGAACAUGAUGUGAUGGAAUGUGUGAUGUAGCCACCACGGACCAUGGUCUUCUAGUAGCUGAUGCAGAGGCAGUACUGGUUUGCUACAAGAUGUGCGCUAGGAAGCCCACGAAUCUUGAGUCAUGUGCUAAGUGGAGGCUGGCCUGAGGGAUGUUUGCCUGCCACAAGACUCAUCAAGGCUGCACUGAGCGAAAGCCAAGUGGCAGGCUUGAGUUUGUUUUGGUGUAGCCAGAACAGGACAGCAUCGUGGGCAUGUGUGUGGAAGUCCCCGGACUCCCAAAGCCAGAAUGGACUAGAGAUGAUGUAUUGCCCCUGUCCAUCAAAAUAAGGCGGACAUGCUGCUCAUACCUGGUAUCCCAACACUGGAGGCUGAAGCAGGAGGACUGCUGAAUUUUAAGACCAUCCUGAACUAAACAGACCUCACUCAUCUCAAACAAAGCCAGGUGUGACGUGGUGUAUACACCUGCAAUCCCAGCACUUGGGAGGCUGAGAGGAUCGGUUCCAGGUAUGGUCUCUUACUGAGUCCAAGUCCAGUCUAAGCUGCAUGAGACCCACCUCACUGCCAAAGAAACCCCACACUGCAUAUUUGGAUAGGCACAAACCCCACACUGCAUAUUUGGAUAGGCACAAACCCCACACUGCAUAUUUGGAUAGGCACAAACCCCAUACUGCAUAUUUGGAUAGGCACAGGACUCCUGUAGAGUGCAGAAGACAGUCCCUGUGCUCAGUAGUGAGUGCAGCAGACUUUUCAUUUAUUGGUGGUUAUGAGGUCUGGGAGAUUUCAGUGCAGUUUUUUAUAUGGAUAUGGCAGAGUUCCACUGUUAGUGAAAGCCCAGGACAGAGGCACUUUUUCCCAUGGGACUCCUGGUUGGAGGCAAUAGAACACAGCUAGUGCCCUCCAUAUAAGGUCACCAGUCAUCACUCAUACACUACAUUCCUCUCCCUCCUUUAGCUCACAGCUAAAACCCAGCUCAUAUACCCGAUGGCAGCUGAAACUGCCACCAACUUGACUGUAGACCCCAGGCUAAUCUUGUUCCUACCAUCCUUGUGUCCUUGAGGAACCAAUUCAAGCCCAUCCCAGCAGCUUGAGUAAAAUUUUUGCUUCCUCCAAGUUUGCACAGACACAUUGAAAGACCCAGUUGUCCCCCAACUUUCCCACGAGCAGGAAAAGCACUUGGAAAGAUCCUGAGGUUUCUUUUCGCUGGAAGGUCAACUUAGGCAGGGAUAGUCAUCCCUCUGGGGGCAAGUGUGUUCAUUGGUGCUGUAUCCAUCCAUGGUUUCCCUACAGCCCUGGCCCAAGACAGAGGAGAUACUCCCCACUUGUCAUAUUACCUCAGGCCCCCAGGGGGUGGAACUCCCCAAGCAAAUCAGUGACUGCUUGUACACACUCGUUUGUAACAGGCUCCCAUCCCAGACUGAGGCCUAGUUUAUAUGGUGCUGGGACUGGAACCAGGGGCUUUGUGCAUGCUAGGCAAGCACUUUACUGAUCUAUACCCAAGCCUGCAUUGGGGGAGCAUGCUGAGACCUUGCCAACCCCAAGGGACCAUUGUACAUAAGCCAUGCUCCUACCCCCUAAAAGUCCUUGCUCCAGGCACAACUACUUUAGACAGCCUAUCAGGCCCAAGCCUGGAUGCCUUCAUUGACUGCAGCCAUCUUCAACCCUUGGAAUUCAAUGGAAACUUCUGUGCUUGGUAUAGAUACAUUGUUCCAUUUGAGUGCUACACCCUUGCCCUAAUACCCUUUGCUGCUUCCUGAUGUUGCAACAUUAGGCCCAAUAAAAGGCUUUUUCUCUAGAAGCAGGAGCAGCCACUGUUUCACAGCAGCAAUUUUAGCAGCAGGAGGCUGGGGCAAGAAGCUGGUCACUGUAGGUUCUUGAGAACUGCCAGCUCUUGUAGGAUGCAGGCGCCCAGAGUUCGGGAGCUGUAGAAUAGCCACUGCUAAUGCUGCUAUUGAUGGCUGUAAGCAAUAGGAGGUGUGUCCUUUCAGCCCAUGUGGCACAUGCUAAAAUUUAUUAUUGGGUGUGUGGGCAUUCCUGAUGUAAUGUGCAGGUGUAGGUCAGGGAACAACUAGGUGGAAUUAGUUUUCUUAUAUCAUCUUUCUGUAGGUUCUAGGGAUAUAACUCAGGUUUCCAGGCUUGCAGAGCAAAUGCCUUUACCACAUAAGCCAUCUCACCUGCCUUGAGGAUGUUUUUUGUUUUUGUAUUCUUGUUAUUUGUUUGCUUGGUAACUUGACCAUAAUUCUGUAGUGAAUUUUGGAGAUAACAUCUUCUCUGGAUGUCUGAAGGUUGGACACUGCCCCUGGAGCCAUCAGUCUCUUCCUCUGAGGCCUGUAGUCAUCCCUGUCCUGGAGGGGCUUGGAGCUCUAAGCCUGUCUUUGGUAGCACUGUCCUGGCCUUCACCUCCUGAUGGCUCUGUACUACAGCCUUCUGGAUGGUAUAUCUGGUGGGGAGAUUGUGCUUGCAACCUUCAAGCACCUCUCUAGCUUCAGCCUCAGCAGAAGGAGCAAUAGGAGACUCAGCCAGUGAGAAACAACUAGGAUGGUGUAUGUGGACAAUGGUGGGAGGAGGGCUUGGGGUAUAUACAGUGACAGCAGUAGGGAGCAGUCUAGGGAGCCUUACAGGCUUGGCACAGGAGGGAUCCUGGACUGGUGGUCUUCGGUUCUAUACGGAAGCAGACUGAGCAUGUCAGUGAGCAACACCCAUGGCCUCUGCAUCAGGUUCCUGUCCUGACUUCCUUCAGUGAUGGACUAUGAUGUGAAAGUGUAAGCCGAAUAAACCUUUUCCUCCCCAA